UUACAUCUUACAAAAGCGACAAGAGUAGAUUUCGUCGUAUUUUGUCAUCGACCGGGCCCGUAAAGAUCAAGAUCAAGAAUUAUUUCCCCGACAGACAGUGUUUGACUUCCCUUAUCUUAUUCGGUUUCAUUUACUAGAGACUUGAAAAAGUUAGCCUGACAUUCUUGGUUCUGCUUCUGGUUUUCUUCUGCUGGCUUCUUCAGGUAAGUGAGUAACUUCUACGAUCAACUCUUAUGUAGUGAGUGUUUUUACUUCUUUUUGUUCUGAGCCUCUUAGUAGUGACCGCAGCCAAUAUAUUUAUUUUUGUAAUUUAAAAACUCACUAUUACAGGCAAAUUAGUAAAGUUGGCGAAUCAACGCCCCUGAAAGAUUUCUGUUUUAGUUUCUGGUAGAGCUAGUAAUGUUGUUUGAUUCGUAAUUUCUUUCCUUUAUGUGUGAUACUGUAGAUAGAUUAGAUGGAUCAAAUCGUUAAUGUGGAUGAGUUUCAAGAGCUGGCUAAACAAGCCCUCCCUAAGAUGUACUAUGAUUUCUACAAUGGAGGAGCAGAGGAUCAACACACUCUCAAUGAAAAUGUCCAAGCUUUCCGUAGAAUCAUGUUUAGGCCGAGGGUUCUCGUUGAUGUGAGCAAAAUAGAUAUGUCUACCAAAAUAUUGGGUUACCCUAUCUCUGCUCCAAUCAUGAUUGCUCCAACAGGAAAUCAUAAGUUGGCUCAUCCUGAAGGUUUAUCUAGUCUAUCUUCAUAAAUUCUGUUAACGGUAUGCAGUUGUUGGAUUCAGAAGAUUAGUUUGAUUGUCUUUUAUGUUAGGAGAAACCGCUACUGCGAAAGCUGCAGCUGCGUGUAAUACUAUCAUGAUAGUAUCAUACAUGUCUUCAUGCACUUUUGAGGAGAUUGCUUCCAGUUGUAACGCUGUUCGGUUUCUUCAAAUAUAUGUGUACAAGAGACGGGACAUAACUGCUCAGGUGGUGAAAAGAGCUGAGAAAGCUGGGUUUAAGGCCAUAGUUCUGACUGUUGAUGUUCCUAGACUUGGUAGAAGGGAAGCUGAUAUAAAGAACAAAAUGAUAUCCCCGCAGCUGAAGAAUUUCGAAGGUUUAUUUUCAACCGAAGUCCGACCUAGUAAAGGUUCAGGGGUACAAGCCUUCGCCUCUCGUGCAUUUGAUGCUUCAUUUAGCUGGAAGGACAUUGAAUGGUUAAGAUCUAUUACAGAGUUACCUAUUCUGGUCAAAGGGAUACUCACCCGAGAAGACGCUCUUAAGGCUGUUGAAGCUGGUGUAGAUGGAAUAAUUGUAUCUAACCAUGGGGGUCGCCAGCUCGACUAUUCCCCUGCUACAAUAACUGUUUUAGAAGAGGUUGUUCAAGUUGUUAGAGGUAGGAUUCCGGUUUUGCUUGAUGGAGGAGUAAGACGAGGGACAGAUGUUUUCAAAGCCCUGGCACUUGGAGCACAAGCUGUUCUUAUAGGGAGGCCUAUAAUCUAUGGGCUUGCAGCUAAGGGUGAAGAUGGAGUGAAAAAAGUGAUUGAUAUGUUAAAGAAUGAGUUUGAGAUUACUAUGGCUCUUUCUGGUUGUCCAACCAUUGAUGACAUAACCAGAAACCAUGUUAGGACAGAGAAUGAGAGACUUCACUCUAUGCUCUGAUCCAAAAAACCAACAGAUAUGGUCUGAGAAACUUAAUCAGACAGCUGAAGAACCGUGGCAACCAGCAGCCAUGUUAGAAGAACAAGGACUGAAGCAUGGAUUCAAUUCAACACUCAUCUUUUGAAAAGUACAUAUGAUAAACAUAUUGAAUGCUUGUCUGACACAAUGAUGUGGUUAGUGCAUAAAAUAUAAAUAUAAAGGAAAGAGCUGCAGCAUC